AUGGCCCAAACCAAUCGCCUUGAGCACAAGACGGUCGUGACUGUUGACCCCUUCAGGCCUGCUGCGGAGCAGAAAGGUCUCAUGAAUCGCUGGCACCCCGACAUUCCAGCUUACGUUACCGUCAAACCUGGCGAGGUCUUCAAAGUCGAGUGUCACGAAUGGACCGGUGGUCAGAUCUCAAACUCGGACAACGCCGACGACGUGAAGAAUGUUGAUCUUACCAAAAUCCACUAUCUCAGCGGCCCCAUCGCCAUUGAGGACAUCACCCCCUUCGAACAGAUGCAAUGGGGUUACACCGGCGUCUUUGAGAGGACCAACGGAGGUGGUCUCUUUUCCACCACGUUCGACACCAAGGCGGCGAAGGCGAUCUGGGAUUUUGAGGGUAAGACGGCAGCUGGCUGCGUCUUCUAG